AGCUUCUUGGUUUUUCCAAACAGCGGGAAGCUAACUUAACUCUGGUUUUGAUCGGUUGGGAGAGGUUUCUCAGAGAUCUAUUUUCCAUUUCACAUGGCGAGCUGUACAUCUGAUCUACUCGGCCAAGUCCAUCCGGCGCACGCUUUUGACUUCGAGGCUUUGUUUCGCUAUUCCUGCGCCAACGUCGAUGGCUUCCCUGUCUCUUCCUCUAUCUUCACAAUCUCGCAGUUCGGGCACGGUCAGUCGAAUCCUACAUUUCUCAUGGAAGUCGGUGAGGGAGGUUCCCUGAAGCGAUAUGUGGUGAGAAAGAAGCCGCCGGGGAAGUUGUUGCAAUCUGCUCAUGCCGUGGAGAGAGAAUUUCAGGUUCUUCGGGCAUUAGGUCUUCAUACGCAGGUUCCAGUUCCUAAGGUUUUCUGCUUGUGUACUGAUACAAGUGUGAUUGGUACUGCAUUUUACAUCAUGGAAUACUUGGAAGGACGCAUAUUCUUAGAUCCCAAGCUACCGGGUAUAACGCCUAACAGGAGGGCUGCUAUAUAUCGGGCAAUUGCCAAAGCUUUAGCUGCUUUGCAUUCUGCUGAUGUGGAUUCCAUCGGUCUAGAAAAGUAUGGGCAUCGUGACAGCUACUGCAAGCGACAGAUAGAGAGGUGGGCCAAACAAUAUAUUGCUUCAACUGGUGAGGGUAAGCCUGUGGGAAAUCCCAAGAUGUUUGAGCUGAUUGACUGGUUGCGGCAACAUAUUCCUCUUGAAGAUUCUAGGGCAGUAACAACAGGCCUAGUUCAUGGAGACUUUCGCAUUGACAAUCUUGUAUUUCAUCCCAUUGAGGAUCGAGUGGUUGGUGUUCUUGACUGGGAGUUGUCUACGCUUGGAAAUCAAAUGUGUGAUGUUGCAAACAUCUGCUUGCCUUACAUUAAGGAUCUCAGACCUGAUAGACUGGAUGAAGGUUUUGAAGUUACUGGCAUUCCAGAAGGGAUUCCUUCACAGUCAGAAUAUCUGGCAGAAUACUGCUCUGCUGCUGGAAAACCAUGGCCUGGCACUGCAUGGAAGUUCUAUAUUGCCUUUAACAUGUUCCGUGGGGCAUCAAUCUUAGCAGGAGUAUACAGUAGAUGGAUUAUGGGUAAUGCUUCCGGAGGUGAGCGGGCCAAACAUACAGGCAGAGUAGCUAAUUCUCUCAUAGACUCUGCAUGGGUGGUUAUUGAACAAAAGUCUUUGCUUCCUGAGCAUCCUCCAUCUGGUCCAAAGGCACAGGAUUGGGGAGAGACUGAAGAUCAAAGCCUUUCAAACAGCAGAGGAAAAUUUGUUCCUAGAAAAAAGGUCCUUGAACUUAGAAGCAGAUUGAUUAAGUUUAUGGAAGAUCACAUAUACCCUAUGGAAAAUGAAUUCAGCAAACUUGCUAAUUCUACCCUACGUUGGACAGUACACCCAGAAGAGGAGAAAUUAAAGGAGCUAGCAAAGAAAGAAGGCUUGUGGAACUUAUGGGUACCUGCAGAUAGCGCUGCUAGGGCAAGAAAUCUAAUUUCUGAUGGGAGAAUUCUCUCUGAUGAUGCAUCCAAUCUAUUGGGUGCAGGCCUCUCAAACCUUGAAUAUGGGUACCUUUGUGAGAUCAUGGGUCGUUCUGUUUGGGCUCCACAGGUGUUCAAUUGUGGAGCUCCUGACACUGGAAAUAUGGAGGUAUUAUUGCGCUACGGAAAUAAAGAACAGCUCCAUGAGUGGCUUAUUCCCUUACUUGAGGGCAAGAUCCGGUCGGGAUUUUCAAUGACAGAACCGCAAGUUGCAUCCUCUGAUGCCACCAAUAUUGAAUGCUCUAUUAGAAGACAGGGGGAUUCAUAUAUUAUUAAUGGGAAGAAGUGGUGGACAAGUGGAGCCAUGGAUCCUAGGUGCAAACUUCUUAUAGUCAUGGGAAAAACAGACUUCACUGGCCCUAUACAUAAGCAGCAAUCUAUGAUCUUAGUGGAUAUUCAAACUCCAGGUAUACACAUAAAGAGACCACUGACAGUAUUUGGCUUUGAUGAUGCACCUCAUGGCCAUGCAGAAAUAUCAUUUGAGAAUGUACGUGUGCCAGCGACAAAUAUUCUGCUAGGAGAAGGGCGUGGAUUUGAGAUAGCCCAGGGUAGACUGGGCCCGGGAAGGUUGCACCACUGUAUGAGACUGAUUGGUGCCGCUGAGCGUGGCAUGCAGUUGAUGGUUCAAAGAGCUCUCAAAAGAAGAGUUUUUGGAAAACUGAUUGCUGAGCAAGGCUCAUUCCUUUCAGAUGUUGCCAAGUGUCGUGUAGAACUGGAGCAAACCAGAUUGUUGGUUCUUGAGGCGGCAGACCAGCUUGAUCGGCUUGGAAACAAGAAGGCCCGUGGAACCAUCGCCAUGGCUAAGGUAGCAGCUCCAAACAUGGCACUGAAGGUGCUUGACAUGGCGAUGCAAGUGCAUGGCGCAGCAGGCGUAUCAUCUGACACAGUUUUGGCACAUCUCUGGGCGACAGCAAGAACAUUGCGUAUUGCAGAUGGCCCAGACGAAGUCCACUUGGGCACCAUAGCCAAGUUAGAACUACAGAGAGCUAAGCUUUGAAUGUCUGGGUCACUUCACAUUCCAAUACUCUUCUAACGGGAAAUAAAGAGUGGUGAAGAUGAUUGUAGUGAUAUGGAAUGAGAAAUGGCACCAUGAUUAAUUAAUCACUGUGACAGCAGAAUAAGUGCCAAACAGUUAUUUUUCCAGGCUUAGCGGCUAUUAUGUUUGAAAAGCAUAAAAUAAAUUAAGUGAAAUAGCAAUAACAUAGUGACUAAAGAUAGAUUCAGAAUAUCA